AUGGGGUAUUACUGCUAUGGAUGGGAUUUUGGCUCAAUAGGUGGAGUCAUCUCUUUGCCGUCUUUCCAAGAGUAUUUUGGUCUAGACAAACAGUCUGACGGUGUGCGAGCAAACCUGAGUGGGAAUAUUGUCUCCGUUUUCGUUGCAGGGAGUUUUUUCGGUGCGUUGACUGCCAGCUACUUCUCAAGUCGUUUUGGUCGAAAACCGUAUCUUCUUGCAUCCGCAAUCAUUCAUAUGCUUGGCUGUCUGGUCCAGGCAAUCGUUGGCAUCGGCAGUAGCGAAGUGGCUGGUCUCAAAGUUCUUUACUUUGGACGAUUUUUGGCCGGAAUAGGCAUCGGAAUUGUCACUGCUUUGGUCCCUCCGUAUGUAUCAGAAGGUGUACCUAGAGCGAUACGUGGGCGAUGCACAGCAUAUCUCGAAUUAGCGUUUAGUAUCGGCAGCAUGCUGAGUUACUGGGUCAAUUACAGUGCUUCCAAAAACAUACCUCCGGGGCAGAUGCAAUGGAGACUACCCAUUAUCAUGCAAAUGGCCCCUAAUGCUUUCUUCCUGAUUCUAUUGAUAUUUCAGCCAGAAUCUCCUCGAUUUCUGGUAGAAUGUGGGCGAUAUGAUGAAGCUGCGAAAGUUCUCGCGUACAUCUCCCGGAAACCAGUCGACGACGGGUCGGUCAUCGCGACGCUUAAUGAGAUCAAAGCCGACUUUGAAGGAAAACAAAGGCUCCCACUAUUGGAUCAAUUUCGAAAAAUGGGAGAGUCACAGAUCACAGCACUUCUUUGCUUCAUUCCAUCUCUCUUGAUGACCUUCCAGCAAUGGACAGGUACGAACGCCAUCAACUACUACAGUCCACAGAUCUUUGCCACGCUCGGUAUAUCUGGAACAACAUCAGGGCUAUUUGCCACCGGCGUAUACGGUAUCGUCAAAGUCGUUUCCAUAAGCCUCGUCCUUUUAUUUGCAGUGGAACGAAUGGGUCGUAAACGAUGCUUGAUAUACGGCGGUCUAGGCCAAGGCUUGGUCAUGCUUUGGAUAGCUGGGUACAGUGGGGUCCACCCGCAGAAAACUAUCGUCCCUGCCAGUUACGUCUCCAUCGUUGCCGUGUACCUCUUCGCAGUAUCCUUCUCCAUUGGCUGGGGUCCCGUUCCUUUAGUGGUCGCAUCCGAGGUAGCGCCCAACCACCUUCGCGCUGCUGUUAUGUCUCUCGCAGCUGCGUGCACCUCGCUUUUCACCUUCGUCGUUGCUCAACUAACACCCAUUCUGCUUUCGCACAUCACAUAUGGUACAUUCCUGCUCUACGGAAUUUGUUCGCUUGUUGCGGCGUUUUGGGCAUAUGUUUUCCUUCCUGAGACUACUGGUUAUGCGCUUGAAGAUGUGAAAUAUUUAUUUCAUCAGGAUAUCAUGGUGCGCUCGUUAUAUGACGCGCCAGCCGGUCAUAUCUUCUUGAGAGGAAAACAUCCCAUCUCAGUGCCCGAGUUGAAAAAUCUAACGCGUUAUAGAUUAAAUGCCCCGUCUGGCACUGUCGUUGGAGGCCAGGAUAGUGAAGAAAAGUACAUCGAAGAGGUGAUGACGAUACCUUACCAUACCAGUCGGAAAACGGAUAUCAUUUAG